AUGGAAGACAAUAUGGAAAGGACAUCGGUGCACCACGGCAGUUUAAUUGCCUUCGAGGGCGCCUCAGAAACUGUUUCAACUCAGCUGCGAUUACUGCCAAGUUCCUCCAAGAUAUUGGUUCUUCCUGCACUGCAAUACUUCAUGAAGGCAGAGGAUACAGCAUUGCCCUUCGAUGCUGCGUCUUAUAUCCUCAAAGUACACGAAGCCUGCCUUGCUCGAGUCGACAUGGCUCGAUCAUUCCUGCGCGAGUCCUCGCCAGAUAACAAAAGACUGGUUUUCAUGAACGGGGGCACGGCGAGUGCGGUGCUGAAAUGCAUCACUGCGAUUAGUCAACGCGAAGCACACGGCGACACGGCAAGCGCGGAAGGUAUCUUCAAAGACCUUGUUCGAAACGGUGUUGCCGGGCUGAAGAGACGAACCGAGGACUCGUCAUUAUCUGCUUCGACUCACUCGGCAGACAAUGGAGAGUCAAAUAACGAGGGGCUUGAUAGUCUUCCUAACGAUCCAGGGUCUAAGGCAAUGAGAGCGGCGGACGCCUUGGACCGAGAAACGGCAGCUCUGCAACCAAACAACGACAUUGAUCUGACAACAGCAAGUCGUUGUCGAAGCAUGAGUGUUCCAAUGCGUCGUAUCGUCGACGACUUUGAAGACGCCGCCCCUUUCUACGUUUUUGGAGGUCCAUCGGAUCAUGAGUCGAGAAGCGCCCCCUGGAGACUCGACGUGCACGGCCAUGGUAAUGGAGACGUCGAAAUGGCACCGCCCAGCUAUGUGGAGGAAGCCAACAUGAAAUCUCCGUCUGCGUCUGCUCUUGGCAUGCCUAGUCCAAGCGCUGUUUCUGCGUUUGAUUCGAUGCCGAACACGCCUGCUGUCAUGUACGGCGAGGCAUGUCUCGUGGAUGUGCUGUCGUCCCAAAGUCCCCCGACUCGGGCAUCUCGGUCACACAAGAAAGUCAAGUCAGUGGAUAGAAUCUACGCCAGUGCUAUCCAUAACCAGGAUAUCUCUCUUUGCACCUUCUACCAGCCUAUGACCCCGAGCUCUCCGGGCCAGACUCAUACAUCCGCCAUCAUGAUGUCACCCCCAGAAGCCCCAGAAAGGCAGAUCCUCCGAUCCGAGUUUUGCAGUGAGAAUACGCGAGCUACCUUGGCCAAGCCUAGCAAAGCUAUGAUCCGCCGGGUUCCGCCCUCCCCUUUGGAUUUCAGCAGAAACGUGCCGUUCCGAUCUCUACGCCCAUCUACCUACAUCGACAAGGGCACCAGUCCGAAGACGGAAUACGUGGACAAGGCGACUUGGGUCGGAAGUCGUCAUGUUGACCGAGGAGCAGAUGCAGAAGACACUCAGUCAUCUAAGGCAGAUUAUUGCGAGCUGUAUACUGAUGCCGUGUUUGAAGCCGUCUUACCUAUGGUCGAGGACUUGCUAAUACAUUUCAAGGAUGAGGUCCGUGAUAUGCUGCUGGAAUCUGUCAUUGGGUCCUUCAAGAAUGGCUCUUAUCAAGUUUCCAUGAACCCUUUACCGCCCGCAUGUCAUGAAAAUGCAGACGUGCCCGGAACAUCAAUAUCUGGAGGGUCCGCUUCGUUUCUUGAGCAACUGCAUGUGAUUGAGAUGCAGACACGGCUAGGCCCAGCGCAUCAAGCGGGUGACGAUGAAUACGACCCUUUCAAUGCCUUUCUCUAUGAAUGUUUAAACCCUGCGGCGUCUCUCAAAUCUCCACAAAGUUGGCCAGUGAAACGGACCCCGACCGAGCCUACUACGGCUGUGGUAUCUCCCGCACCUCCAACACCAGCUCAGACGCCGCCUCCAAUGACUAUUACCGACAGGAAUUUCCACGACUUUUCAACGAGCAAUUGCCGGACAGCUGUGUGUAUACAAAACUCACUGCGGUCUAUCCUCAGCUUGUAUUUUCCGCCAAAUGAAACUGGAUAUCGGCAAUGCUCGUUUCCUCAGCUGCCCGAGCUUAGCAAUCUCUGGAAACCAGUAUUUCGCGACGCGGAACCUAAUAGCCCGAAGAAAGAAAAGCGAAAGGUCGACUUGAUCCUCGCCAUCGGUGCACAAAAAGGGGUCAACAGAGAGUUCUUGUCCAGCAUCAGUGGUUCGCUUGAGAAGCUGGGAACCAAGCCCAAUGGGGUGACGAGGAGUGGGAGACUUGAUCUGAGAUAUCUUAUCGCCAACGCCAUGCAAGCCUUCACGGCUCAGCCAUUGACGAAUCAGACCCAGGACAAUCCAUUUUCCAACACUUUGCUCUUGGCGACUCUCAUCAUCCCACAUUUGGAAACUUAUAUGGCAGCUCAUUCGGAUACGCGAUUUCUCCUACUGGAAUACCCCCCGCAACAUUUGGCCACCGUCCUUGCAAUGCAGCGACUUGUCGGUGUUGACCUUUUGAAAGUUGCGGGAAUUUUGAGUGCUGAAUCCCCUGAUUCAAAGUUGUCUUCCCGAUCCCCCAUGCUGGCUGCUUACAACGGUAGUCACUCGAACGCCAAUUCAGUUUCCAGGGCGUCUGUCCCGAGCUCAAGGACCGCCGCUACUCUACUUGCUCCCACGGGAGCGAAGUCAUUGGAGGCUCCAUCAUUCGCAAAGGCCAACUUCCUCAUCACGUCGUCCGCAAGCGAUUCGGAAAUUUACACCCUGAUUUCCACCAUCUGGAAGAUGCUCAUCGAUAUCUCCCAAUUCUACAUACCAGAAGGCGCACAACGCCCAUCGACAUCGUAUCGGACCUCGUCGCGCGAUUCCGAGGAGAAGUCACCAGACCAAGACCCGCUCAUCAGCCCGGCAUCUGAAUACGCCCCGCUAGUCAGCGCUGCCGUAAUGAUGGGCUUCCAUACGCCUCCUGUUUCGCCCUCUCAGACGUUGGCGGCUAUGGAAAAGGACAUGCCUCCACCACCACCACCGUCAGCAGAAACACCCGUGAAGCUGCUUUCGUCCAAGGCGUCAAUCUCGGAAACAAUUAAGAGCUUCAAGACGGCCAAGUCGUUAAAACACCAGAAACCAAAGAUCCAGCAAAUGCUAGGCGAGAAAGCCGAUUUAGACUCGGACAAGGAUCUACUUCUGUCAGAAACAGGACCCUCGUACUUCGAUAUUUCUGACGACGAGAACGGCCAGUUUGCAGCCGACGAACGCAAAUACACCCCCCUAUACCUCAAGAACUCCGCUGUCAGGAAGGGAAAUAGCCGCAAGGCUCUAAUGUGGCUUGGCCUGACUUGA